AUGAAGUUGUCCAUUGCGACAGCUGUCGCAGCGCUGUGCGCCCUGCUGGCGCUCGGUUCAGCGGCUCUCCUGGGCGCACCGAUGAAGCACGACGCUAAAGACUUUGAAAACUAUCUCGACAAAGCUCACUAUGUGGCGGCGACGCAGGUGGACGGCCGCGAAUUCUACGACACCGUGGUCGAAAUCCUCGAAGCCGAAACGCAGCCGCUAGAGGAAAGAAAGGGGCCAGGUGCAGCAAAAUACCCACGAACUUCCGAGCCCCCUGCCGGCGAUAUGCGCGAUUUUGGUUCUUCGACUUCGCGUUGCAAACGUGUAAAAUGUACCUCUCCGGAAGAUGUGGUGGAGCCACUGACCACUUUGCCUCGGAAAGAAUGUGCCAGAAAGUGUGCCUACAUGCUAAUGCACAUGAAGCCUGCUCUUGGGCUGUACCGAACCCGGAAGACUUCCUACCGAAGAAGCCGAAAUAGACAAGCUGCUCUGCUCCGCUGUUUUCAAAAAAUGCCAAGGAGAUCCCUCGACUUCGACCGCACCACCGUAUUAUGUUCGUCUCAUCACAAACUCUUCACACGUGCGGGUCUGAAGGGACUAUCCAAACUUGCCUUCGAUCCGGCAUGCCUGCCACUCCAUGGAUGACAUAUAAAAGCCAGUCGUGCACUAAUGCAGUUUGUGAACGCUGGCCCAAAUGUCGAAUGUUCUGUGCGCGUGUAGUGCUCACUCUCUCCAUCUUUUCAUUCCCUUACCCCUAACGUCGGGUAGCAAACCGGGCGAUCGUAUACAGUGGACCUUUCAUAUCCUUCCUCUCCUUGCUUUCUUCACUUUCUCCUUUAGCCAAAACGUGUAAUAUUGUAUGUUGCUGAAUACAGAAGUUAGCGUAUC